AAAGUCGACGUGGGGAAGAAAGGUUGGUCUGAUCCGGCCGCGUUUCACAGCCUUCUCCGCUCCACGCAGUCAUGCCCAAUCCCCGUUAGCUUCGUGUGUGGCUGCCCAGGUAUUCAACCCUCCCCCGGCAGGCAAAUGGCCGCGUAGAGAGCCGCCGGGAGGGCUGUAUAAAUGGGACGGAGAGCGGACCAGAGGCGGUAAUGCUGCGCCGGGUGCGGGUUCGGCAGUCUCUCCGGCAGGUCGUGUUCCUAAUGGCCCGGAGACCCGAGGUGCUGUGCGGGGCGAUCCUGCUCGGUGUGCUGCUCAUCCUGGCUGUCAAGUUCACAUGCAGCCGUGCCAAGAACGUGGUGGCCCCGGCCCGGCCCCCAGUGCGCUUCUUCUCCCCCGAGGCUCCUGUGGUGGACCUGUACCUGGGACAGAUCGAUCAGGUGGAGCGUCUGAGGAGUGUAGCAGACGUGUCCCUGCUCUUCCUCUAUGCCCCCUGGUGUGCCCACUCCAUGGCUGCACGGCAAGAGCUGCAGCUGGUGGCACACAAGCUGGCCAAACAGGUGCAGUUUGUGGCAGUGAACUGUUGGUGGAGCCAUGGGCGCUGCCGUAAACAGCGGCGUCUGUACCAGUACCCCAGCAUCCAGCUCUUCUUCAGGAGAUUUGGGCCGAUUGAGUACAAGGGUCCGUUUGUGGCCCCGUACGUGGAGAGCUUUGUGCUGAGGGUCCUCACUCCGCUCACAUACCUGCCCUCAGAGGCCGUGCUGAGGGACUUCCUGUCUUAUCAUGAGCCUCGGGUGGUGGGCUUCUUCCAGUUCCAUUCGUCUCCACAGCCACCGGGGUACCUGACCUACCUGCGCUCCGCCCUGCAGGCCCUCCGCAGGGAUUUCCGUGGGGCUGUGCGCUUCGGCGUGGUCACCAGCAGACAUGUGGCACAGAUGCUCCCCGUGCCAGAGGAGGGCAGCGUCUACCUCCACAGAAGGUUCAACUCGUCACUGGUUUUUCCUCGAUCUAAGCUCAACUUCACCUCUGAGGUCAUCUGCAGCUGGGUCUUUCAACACUAUGAGACCGCCCUCCAAUGGCUGCAGCCUCCUGGCACCAAGUCUCGCCUCCUGGAGGAGGAGCUUCUCAAAGGGCCCGCUCUGCUCCUGUUCCUGCCUUAUGACCCUCUGGACCCUCAGCCCAGUGCUCUCCUACAGCAGGUUGAAGACAUGGCAGUGCGGUACCACUCCUGUCCUAGUGGAGGCACUGCAUGCUGCCACUCUGUGCCUGUGCCUCAGUCCACUGCUGUUUGUGAGCUGUGCCUGGAUGGGACGGGUCUCAGGACCUCAUCAGUCUGCACAGUCCCCUCUGUGGGCCCAUCAUCUCUGCCUCACUGCUGCCUCCAUCCCUCCUCCAGUGUGUCCUGCUGCAGCCUCCUGACAGACUACAGUGCCCUGGGACAGUACAGAGCCUGCUCCCGGACUGCGCCCCUCAGGGACACUGCCACAGAGGCCCCUCCUGCCACAGAGGCUCCUCUUACCACAGAGGCCACUCAAAAUGAGGCCUCUCCACAAAAUGAAGCCCUUCCCGCCCCCGCCACUGGAGCUGUGGGCUUCACUGGGCUGCGUUGUCUCACCAAUAAGACCCUGCGCUUCUACCUGUUGGAUGCGGAGCUCAACUGGCCCCUGGCAGUGAGGCUGGGUGCCCCACACAACAGUAGCAGUGCAGUGCCUCAGGAGCCUCAGGGGCCCGGAGCUCAUGAGCGCUCGUUUGCUGCCAUUGUUGACCUGAAGGACGAGGUGCACUAUGUUCUCCAGCCCAUCCAUCGUGCCACACUCACACAGGACCUCGAGGGCUUCAUCAUGAACUUCAGCGCCCCCUACAAUAGACUGCACAGAUACCUGGUGGGACAGACGGAGGGAGGCUCUCCUCCAGCCCUGAUCACCGAGGUGACAAGCUCCUCCUUCAGCCACACGGUGCUGGACGUGCAGCAGGACGUCCUGCUGCUCUACUACACUCAGUGGUGUGGCUUCUGCUCUGUGCUCCACCACAUCUUCAUCCAACUGGCCCGCCUGCUGCAGCCCCACAGUGCCCUCACUGUGGCCAGGGUGAACGUGGCUCUGAACGACCUGCCCUGGGAGAUGAUGGUGGACCGAGUGCCCAGCGUCCUGCUCUUCCCCAGAUACAGGAAGCAUCAGAGCGUCAAGUUCCCAGAGGAGCAGCCCCUCACUCUGCCUAACCUGCUGCGCUUCGUCCUGAAGCACUCAGACUCUGUGCGCCCCCCCCACAGGGCCCCUGGGGGAGAGGGGGGCCCCGAGCCUCUGCUCCGGGCCCAGGUGCAGGCCCUACAGGAGGAGGUGGGACAGCUGCAUCGGGCUUGUGAGCGCCUGUCCCAGCAGCUGGCUCACCUCUGGAGACAGCACCACAGACUGAGCCAAGAUGCCCGCGCUCUGCACCUCCACAACCAGGAGCUACAACAGGAGCGGCGCAGUCUGGAGCAGCAGCACCGUGAUAAAAGCCGCCAGCUGAGCCAGGCUGUCCAGAGACUACAGCAGCUCACCCACACCUCAGACAGCCUACGGCACGAGAACGCUCUGCUACGGCUGCUCCUGACGGCGCUCAGGGACAGAACUGAGGAGCAGAACACAGAGGGAGACGAGGACCUGGAGGAGCUCUCAGGGGACGGAGAGGAGCUCUCAGGGGAGGAGCUCUCAGGAGAGGAGCAGGACCAGACGGAGAACAGGCACUCUGAACAGAAGCGUGCACUGGUGACCUCCUAGCAGUGGUUCUAUCAGACUGUGAUCAUAAGGAGUGAAAGGAACAAGUGAAUGAGGCAUGGAGCCGGGAGCUCUGCUUAAGGAGCUUCACUUCUAAACAAGCAGGUUUGUCAUAAUUUGGAGUUUGUUCAAACUCAAACUGAAGUAACUCAGAGUCACUUUUUAAAGCUUUAGCCCAGUCUGACCCAGUCUCCUGCUGCCUGAAGGAGACUGAAAAUUAAUAAUGAAUAAUUACGCUUUAUGUUUAAAAUCUGCAAAAAUGACACACUUUCUUUUGCAUUUAUGACUUGACUUAAUACAAUCCACUCUGAGUUGACCCAGUCUGAGUAGGAUAACUCUGAGUUUGUCCAGCCUGCCCUGUUGGUCCAAUUACAUUUUUUUUCCUUGUCAAAUCGCCUGGUCCUCUUUGUAAAAUCAUUCCGGUCUAAGAGCAGUCCAGUCAGUUCCACUCUCCACCACUAGAAGCUGCUCUCUGUUUGUUGGAGAGGCUCUGCGCUGUCCUAUAGAGUUAUCCAAGAUGGUCCUCCUCCAUCUCUAAACACAAGAUCCAGAUUUAGUCAUUGUCAUUUGUCAGUCCAGUCCACUACUCCUGCUCCAACUACUUUUCUACCAACAUCAUUUGGUGUUGUACAAAGGCUAACAGAUAAAAUCAUAUCAUGUUGCAAACAAGGCCAAUUGCAGGAAAGUUCAAGGUAGAAAGUUCCAUUUCUUACCUAAACUAACCAAAAUGAGUUAAAAUUGUUGAGUAUAAAAUGAUGAAUAACCCAAAACACUUUAUAAUGACAUCACUACAUAAAGCCAAUGAAGUACACUAGUUUUAUGUCUCAUGAGAAGUAAACACGACUCGAACUCUGUGAAUCCGGUUAGGCAGUUUAAAACUAGAAAUAAACUAAGACUCAAUCUAGACUUUGAGGGUUUAUCAGAGCUGAUUAGGUCUACAUCAAAACUGAACCUGAUCUAAAACAAAAAAAAUGUAUGUAGAGAACUUAAAAUUAGAAUAUUUUGCAUGGAUUUGAGAAACAAAAUCUUGAAUUCAAAGUGCAUAAGACAGUUUUUUUUUAUUAUUCUAACUUGGUUUGGUGGGAUAGCACCUGUGGUCAAUA